GAGAUAAUGGAAUUUAACUACCAAUUACUGCAGUGUUUUCUGUGCGACUGUCUUAUCAGGUUUAGUUCGCUUCAUAUCCACAAAAAUGUCCCGAUUACCAUAUACCUACAGAGGUGUUAUUGUCCCAGUACUAACGCCUUUUAAUAAUGAUGGGUAUCUUAAUUUGGAUAUUAUAUCAAAAUAUGCAAAAUAUUUAGCUAAAAAAGGAAUCAAUGGUAUACUUGUAAAUGGCACAAGUGGUGAAGGAAUGUCAAUGUCUGUUGUUGAAAGAAAACUUAUUGCUGAAGCUUGGGCAAAAGCAGUUAAAAAAACAAGGCAACACUUAAUGAUUCAAGUGGGAGGCACUUCUCUUCCUGAUGUCAUUGAGCUUGCAAAACAUGCAGAAAAUUUGCAUGUAGAUUCUAUACUGUGCUUGCCAGAGUUGUACUUUAAACCUACUACUUCUCAACAAUUGAUUGAAUAUUUGGAAAUUAUUGGGAAGGCUGCGCCCAAGACACCAUUACUCUAUUAUCAUAUUCCUAUGUUAACUAAUGUUAACAUACACAUGGGACAAUUUCUUGAAUCGAUUGGUGACAAAAUACCUUCAUUUGUGGGUAUAAAAUUCACUAGUGCCAAUUUAGAAGAAGGUGCACAGGCGUUACAUGCAGAUAAUAAGAAAUAUGUUAUUUUUCUUGGGAAUGAUCAGAUAGUGAAUGCUGCUUAUGCAUUAGGAAUUGAUUCUUUUAUAUUAACCAGUCUAAACAUGUUAUCGGAACUUAUACUGAAUCUUCUUGCUGCUAGCAAGGAUGGAAAGAUGUUAGAAGCUAAGAAUAAGCAAGAGGAGCUUUCAAGGGCUGUAAUUGCCAUAACAAAACAUGGUAACUGGGUAGAGACUAUGAAAGUAGCAAUGACUCUUCUUACUGAUAUUGAUGUAGGAUUACCUCGUGCACCACUUAAGUCUAUUUCUUCCGAAGCUUUGGAAGUUAUGAUAAAAGAUUUAAACAAUCUAGGAUAUCAGGCAGAAAUUAAGCACGACUAAAAAUAUUUUCAUUUUUCAGCUUAUUUGUAUGCUUAUUUAAUCAUAAUUUUUAAGACAUAUUUUUACAUCAUAACACGUAAAUGGAAUGAUAAGCAUCAUAACACAUAAGUGUAAAAAUAUGUGCUAAAAAUUACUAUAAUGAACACAGAAGCUUAUUAAUAUAAGCUUCAACUGAAUGAGACACAAGUUAUAAGCAUACUGGAACAUACUAUAUUUUCUUAAAUUGUAUUUAUAUAAAUAUAUACAUAUAUUAUAAAUUAAACUCACCGAAAUGAUACGCA